AUGUCGAACAAUAUCUCGUCGUUGCCGCCCUCAAAGGAACAGCCAUCACCAUCGCAAGAUCUAUCCGCCUCGGGCCUUACCAUUCCGUCCGACUCCGAAGCCUUCUCGUCAAUCUCACCACCAUCUACCUCCCCACCGCAGUCAUCCAACAAUAACAACAACGAUGAUAACAAUGGCAGUCAUGAGCAGAAGGUAGUGAUAUACGGGCGGCCUACAAUCUGGAGCUUAGCAAGGGGCGCGGCGAUCAAUCUGCUGUUGCCGUUUGUCAAUGGGAUGAUGCUUGGAUUGGGGGAGUUGCUGGCACAUGAGAUUGCCUUUAGAUGGGGAUGGGGCACGACGCAGAUAUUCCCAAAGCAUAGAUCAUCAGCAAGAACAGUAGGUCCGGGGGUGGAGAUGCGCGAAGACCCUGUGGAGCGGAGGAAGCGACAAGGAGGAAUAGAUCCAGAUCUAAUGGAUGCUACAUCAUUGGAAUGA